UGAGUGCUCACAACACUCAGCCAUCACUUCAUGUCGUCGACGAAUAGGCCCGAGGUCGACAACGUCGAAGCGCACGUCUUCGAGCAGGGUUCCUUCACGAUGAGGUUGCCCUUCCCGUCCGCAAACGGGGAGAGGAAGCGCAUGAUGUCAGGCUUUCCCUUCCCGUCCGCAAAUGGGGAGAGGAAGCGCAUUAUCUCGGGUUCCCAUCCUCUGUGAGGAUGGCGGAAGCAUGGCGACGAGGGCGCCAUGACCUGGCGUGCUGCAUGUUGCACAAAAAUUGUGGCCGAACGGAACGAAGGGAAGGGCAAGUCACGGGUAGGCCGAUGGGGUGAUGAGCCAAAGAAGCAUGCGUAUUCCGUUAAUUGCGUAUCUUCCGACGUACGUCCAGGAUGCGAAAGAUCAUUUCUAUACUACGACGGAGGUGAGGCAAGCUGUAGAUUGCCGAAAGGCACGGUUGUAGCUAUUUUGCGUUCAUCCCGGGGGGCUGGGCAAUCUUUGAUCCCGACAACGACUACCCCGAGGUUGGUGGGGUGGGUUCUCAAUUUUGCGGAUCAAGAACACCGGGAGGAGGUUUCAACGUGUUUGCCACUUUUCCGGACGAAUGGGCGGGGUAUCUGAGAGGGUAGUAUUGAAACGACAAUAUACUUUUCUGGUAGAUGCUGAGGCAUUCUUAAAUUACUUCCCGCUGGUUCUUUCAACAGCACAGUUGGUACUCUGUUCUCUUCACGGUACUAGGCCACACAGUAGAAGCAUGAGUAGCCUCCACUUCCGGCGAAAGUAUCAAUCGGGAUAAGCACCCCUUCCCCUAUGCUUUCCCACAAGUGCGUCUUGUAGCGUGGCGGGAAAAGCGAUUGAUCGGAAAUCGGGAAACAACAAAUGCAGUCGGAUGACUCCUGGCCUAGGCGUGGGAAGAAAUCAAAGCUGCCCAUGGCACCUUUUAGGCCUCGGUUGGUAGUGUUCAGGGGAAAUCUGCUAGGUAAAAUGAAGGACAACCUGCAAACACCCAUUCUGUCACCUGCGCGAGGGAGGACUCGUGAAGCAAGUCCUGUCCCAAAAGUCGCCUUUUCGCCAAUAGGCACUCGACGAAGCCAGGCGUUUCUUGGUGAAUCGCCACAUCAUGUCCCUAGGGUGCUAGAAUUAGCAACAAGCAACACAGGGUGCGCCCCCGAACAAGAACAAUAGAAACAUGCGACUGUGUAAGACCACAUCUGCACUCGCUACCAAGGACACAAUCACCUCAUCACCCAAACGGUUCAUGUCACAAGCACAGUUGAACAGACCCCCAACAGGCUAACUUCUUCCAUCGAAAAAACACAAGGCAAGAGCGGGUACUGCAGUUGCAACGAUACCUCCAUUCGUCGCUCACAUGUCCUUCAAUACGGUUUGGAUGCUGGUGUACAUUCUCGCGCCACCCUCCUUAAAAAUAUCCCUUAUCAAUGUUCGCCGACCUGCGGCUCGCCAGCUUAGGAAGCACCUGGACCCCAAUGAUGUGGAUCGCUGCCAUGAGAUUCGGUCACCACAACAACAGGGGGAAAAAGAGGCGCUUUGCGUGGGGUCUUCGCACACCGAACACAAAAAAGCAACACGAACAAAACAUGGACAAUGUUUGUGUAUGUACUCGGCAGGAUACAGAUCUCCGAGAUAUCCGAGGGGGUACGCAGAUAUGAUAGGUUUGGGUAUAUGCAGACGUGUGUGCAGCAGCAGGUCAUUCUUGCCUGCUGCUCAUGCUUGUCACUCGUUAAUAGUUAAUCAAGGAACUUGAGUCACUCCUUUGUGCAACACGCUCUCGACAAGAGCCCGCGAGCGUGAUAACAUAGUACACGCGCCGACACCCCAAACACGAUAUCGUGUAGUCAGCUGACGUCGGUAGGGAAAGGUUCGGGAGGUAGGCACCGGAACACAAGGGCAGCAGCAGCGGGCGGUUUUUGCUCGCGCGCGCCAAGGAGAUCCAGGGAACAGGGUUUGGAAUACGAGGGCAGCAGCAGCAGGGCGGUUUUUGCCCGCGCAUGCCAAGGAGAUCCAGGGUAAGAGUUUGGAAUACAAGGGCAGCCGCGACAGGCGCGCCAAGGAGAUCCAGGGACAGCAUUUGGAAUACAAGGGCAGCAGCGGUAAGCGUGCCAAGGAGAUCCAGUUACGUGAACAAGAAUAAGUCUAGCAGUAGGAGAUACAUCGUGCCGCAUUUUUUUUUUUUGCGGCGUAAUUAGGCGGAGGAAGAACAUGUGGGAGAAGUACUGGACGGAGAUGGAAUAUGGGCAUCUAAGGGAGAAGAACGAUGCACCGGCAGGAGCAAUGGCUGCCGGAAGAACGACUGCCGGGGCAGCUGGUGGAGCUGGGCUCGGUACACAACGGGUGAGCAUGAAAAAUGACGGAAAUUGUGCUUUGAGCGGUUACAGCAGCAGUCGCAACCCGCCCAAAAUCCCGACGAAUUCGACGAAGGCCGUGAGCUGGCUUCGGAGAAUGCGGAAUUUCCUGGCUGUCGAGGAUUUGGAGCGAACCCUUGACCACAUGCCAUCUACUGGUUAUGUCAACGUUAUCAGUUGUCUGGAUCGCACAUACCUGAACCAGACUCACGGUGCACAUCUGGUGGCAGCUCACCAGCGGGCGUGGGGGUACAUGUUGGAAGCAACCUGCGGCACGGACAUUGAAGAACGGUUGGGUGCUUGCGACUGCGUCCCUGAGGCGUGGAGCGUGAUCCACGAAUGGCUGUUGCCUACUCUUGACGCUGAGAAGACGUUGCUUGUGAGGCGACUUGAGACGAUUGAGAUGCAUCCCGGCGAGGACCCGAAACUCUUCUUCGCCAGAGUAGACGGAGUGAUCAACAUCAUGAAAGCUGUCGGCAUCGAAAAAUCUGAGCGGGCUAUCGUGCACAUCAUUGUCCGCCAGCUUGCGCACGAGUACGAUAUCGAACGCAAGUCCAUCCUGGCCGACCCCACCAUUUCCCGAGCGAAGGUGGAAAACGUUGUUCGCGCGGCAUACGCCAACAAGGUCAUGAUGAAGGAAUUGGGCAAAGCGCAGGCGGCACCGGCGGCAGCGGUGACGGUUGGUGGGCUUGGGUCCGGUCAUGGUGGCCACGGUCAGGGGGGACUACAACGGCGGUGGCGGCAACAGCGGGAGCAGCAGCAGUGGGUUCGUCCUCAGCCACCACCUGCACAUUACCCACCUCCUAACUUCCCGACGUGGGGAUCUGGGGGGCUCUAUGACUGUGGGCGCAACGCUGUGUACCCGCAAGAGGAGUCAGCUUCGCCGCAGGGUGCUCUGAUUGGUGUCGUUCAUCAGUGCGUGAGAUGCGGGAGGCAUGGACACUCACUUGGCGACUGCAAUGCGCCACGACGCUUUGAAGGCAACUGCACUGCCUGCGGUGAGUAUGGCCAUCGGCGCCGCAUGUGUUGCACAAUCGACCGCAUGCAACAGCACGUGCCCGUCGGUGACGGAGAGGGUCUCAACGCGAAUGGCAACGACGCUAUGCCGCACCAGCAGCGGAAGCGACGACGCUGGAGGAGGCAAAGGCAUCGACAGGAGGCGAUGCUCCCCGUGUUUGCAGCUGGCGCGAGCGGCGACCCCCGGCAGCAGAGUCUUGCCCGCGGC